UGCCUGCCCCAACCCCAAGUCCCCAGCCCAAGGAAUGUUGCUGUGCAAGCGACGGGCACCGCGCUUGCUGACUCGCCCGGCCUUCCCCUGCUCCCACGGCUCUUCCUCCCACCUCAUCUUCUUCCUCCUCCUUUAAAAGCUCCGUCCAAGCUUUCACCUCACUCCAGACCACAAUUCACAGGCCCUCCUCCGGUCCUCUUCCUUCCUUGCUUGAUUCACCUUUUCUUUUGGGAGCUUCUCUCCCGGCCCUCUAUCUCCUCUCUGUCCAAGAACUUGCUGCUCGAUCGUCCCGUGCUUAGGUUCUUGCGCUCGCGUGAGAGUUUGGAACCGUCUUGUUUUCGCUUCUGUUUGAUCCGGUCCUGUCCGUCCAAUCCAAUCCAAGCUCCUUGCUUCAUCCUCGCUAGGAAGAUCCUCCAUGGCCAGGCGUGCUGCUGUCCACCGUCGCCAUGGCGGCGACCGGUCGGUGCUCUGUUCUUUUCCAUGAGCACCGCCGCCGUACCAUCGGCCUAACGAACCAACCAUCAUCCUCAUCCGUUUCUCGGUAGCACCUGAACUCAUUCUCGAUCACUCGCGUCGCGUCGCGUGGCGCGCCCAAGAGAACAAGAGAAUGCGGCAGAUCUCGUCGCUGCUGCAGGGCCUGGCCCGGUCGCUCUCGGUGGGGAGGGAGAAGGACAGGAAAGGGGACGGCGGCGCAGGCGGCGACGGCGGCAAGACCGCCAUGCCGGCGGUGCUGCGCACGUCGGGGACCCUGUGGGGCGAAGGCUCGGAGACGUUCGCCGCCGUCUGCUCGCGGCGCGGCGAGAAGGGCAUCAACCAGGACUGCUCCAUCGUCUGGGAGGGUUUCGGGUGCCAGGAGGACACCAUCUUCUGCGGCAUCUUCGACGGGCACGGCCCGUGGGGCCACUACGUGGCCAAGGCCGUGCGGGACUCGCUGCCGCCGUCGCUGCUGUGCCACUGGCAGGAGGCGCUGGCGCUGGCGUCGCUCAUCGACGGCGAGAAGAAGAGGCUCAGCGACUGCCAGUUGGACCUCUGGAAGCAGUCCUACGUGGCGGCGUGCGCCGCCGUCGACGACGAGCUCCGGCGCAGCCGCCGCUUCGACGCCGUCCAGAGCGGCUGCACCGCGCUGUCCAUCGUCAAGCAGGGGGACCUCAUGGUCGUCGCCAACGUCGGCGACUCCCGGGCCGUCCUGGGCACCACGUCCGACGACGGCGGCGGCGCCAUCGCAGCCGUCCAGCUCACCGUCGACUUCAAGCCCAACCUGCCGCAGGAGAAGGAGCGCAUCCGGCGGUGCAACGGCCAGGUGUACUGCCUCGCCGACGAGCCCGGCGUGCACCGCGUCUGGCAGCCCAACCGGGAGUCGCCGGGGCUCGCCAUGUCGCGCGCGUUCGGCGACUACUGCGUCAAGGACUACGGCGUCAUCUCGGUGCCAGAGGUGACGCAGAGGAGGAUCACCACCGGUGACCAGUUCGUCAUCCUCGCCACCGACGGGGUGUGGGACGUGCUCUCCAACGACGAGGCCGUGCGGAUCGUGGCGGGGACGCCGGACCGGGAGAAGGCGGCCAAGCGGCUGGUGGAGUGCGCCGUCCACGCCUGGAGGCGCAGGCGGCGCGGGUUCGCCGUCGACGACUGCUCGGCGAUCUGCCUCUUCUUCCACUCGCCGUCGUCGUAGACACGAAACUUGAACGUGCCUCGGGCCACGUCAAGCGGCAGAGGCGACAAAAUGCACAUCUCAAGACUACGAUUAUUGUGCCCGUCGCAUUCGUAGUAGAGACUAGAGAGUGCAUUGGCGCCGUCCACCAUUCAGAACGUGCAGUUUGUCGCAUGAUCGUGACACUCCACGAUUAGAACUGCAGCUGGUGGAUGGCCAAACAAAAAAAAAAUCUCCGGCUUUCACACCCUGCCAGUCAAAAUGUACGAGAACGAACACCAGCCAUCAGAAAUCAAAGGGGAAAAAGAUGCAUUUUGUCCUCA